AGGGGGAGAAGGAGGUUCAUCGGCACGUUGUGGACGAAAGGACGGUGGAGGGCUUGUUCCCGAGUGAGUCUGGCGCUGGGGAUGGGGGAGAGUGGGUGCAGGUGUAUAUGAUCCCGACGCCUGCGGAGAAGUACGCGUAUACAGAUCGGGACCGGUACUCGUCGCCGCGAUCUUUUUCCUCUUCGUCGUCGUCCGAUGCCGAGGGAACUCUCGCCAACACGUCCCUGCCGUACUCCGACAUCAGCGCCUCUCCGACCAUCAACACCCCGCCCUCGCCAAAGGUCUUACCACCAGCCAAACGCCUCCCGGACACUACCACCACCGAGACCUUCCCCUCCAUCUACCCCUCCCUCGACAUCUUCACCGCCCCGUCGACCCACGAAUCGCGCCGCGAGGAGUUCCGCAAGCGCAUGAUCGAGCUGUUCGCUGCGCGGACAAGGCAGAUUGGGCCGACGUGCGAUGAUGUGGACAGGGCGGAGUAUAGCGAUGAGGGGUGCGAGACGGAGAGCGACGAGGGAGGUUAUGGUGGGGGGAAGGGGUGGGCGGACGAUGAGCUUACGGAGGACUCUCGAUCGGAUGAAGUGCUCUAUGAAGAGCCUGUUGACUGUGAUUGA